AUGGCCAAUCGCAACCACCGCCGCGCUCAAGUAGGAAAUAGCUUGUUCACCGUAUACAUCCUCUGUGUUGGCCUCCUCGUCUCUCCUGACCACACUUCUGCUUCACGAGACAUUGCGGCUCCACAGCAGUUCGCCAGAUCUCGCGAAACUCUUGGCGCGUCUACACCAGAAAUUGUUACUGCUAUCGAAAAUCACGAAAACAGCGGCGGUCAGUCCUUCGAUUCCGCCGUUCGUGAAUCCGCCGCGGCUGACGCGGAAGCGGCCAAAGCUCUAGCGGAAUACGAAGAUGCGAAGAAGGUUCUCGAAGGAAAGAAGGUGGACGCGGAGGGGAUAAGCUCGGAAGCGUCUAAACUGCGCGGCCAGGCGGAAGAAGUGGCGUUCGGUCACGCCGUCAUAGCCACGGAAGUCGCGGAAUCAGCGGAGCGUGAGCGGAAAAGCACCGCGGACCUGAAGCGCGCGGAAGAGGUGGCGGAAAAAGCUGCAGCAUUCGCGGCAGGAAAGCGGAAGGUAGCGGAUGAGGCUUCGGCCGCGGCGGAAAAAGCAGCACGGUUGGCGGAAGCGGAAGGGACGGCGGAGGCGCAGCUCGCGCUCGUGCGAGCAAAAACCACGCGCGCGGAGGCAGUCCGUGUUGCGGAGGUGGCGGAAACGACGGCAGUAGAGGCGAAGGAGUCGGCAGAGGAAGUGUGGGAAGCGUUCUCGCGUGAAGAAUCCGACAUGGACGUUUCUGUAGUUGACCUGGUAUCGGAGGAGGCUUAUAUCGAGGAUUUGAAAGCCGCAACAGCAGACCUUGAGGAGGAAUAUCGGAAGAGUGUGGCUGCAGUGGAGGUCGCCAAAGCGAAGGUGGAGGAACUGAAGGGUCUGGCAGAGGAGAAGGUGGCACGCAAGCGGAAGGUGGCGGAUGAAGCUUCCGCCGCAUUGGGGGAAGCAGCGCGGUUGGCGGAAGCCGCCCACACGGCGGGGGCGCAGCUAGCGCUCGAGCGGGCGAGAUUCGAGCGCGCAGAAGCGGUGCGCGCAGCGGAGGAGGCGGAAACGGUGGCGGAAGAAGCCACGGAGAACGCGGAGGAUGCGUGGGAAGCGUAUUCGCAGGAAGAAUCCGACGUGGAAAUUUCUGUAGUGGACAUUGAAGCCGAGGAGACUUAUAUCGAGGAUUUGAAAACCGCAGCAGCACGCUUUGAGGAGGAAUAUCGGAAGAGUGUGACUGCAGUGGAGGUCGCUAAAGCGAAGGUGGAGGAACUGAAGGGUCUGGCAGAGGGGAAAGUUGCGCGUGCGAAGGCGAUGCGAGCUGCUCUGAGAAAAGGCGGGAAGAGCAACGGCCGAGAUGUAACGACAGCCACGAAAUAG